AUGCCGGUGCACGUGGAGGUGACCAAGGCCACGGCGCCGGGUUUCUUUAACUCGCCGGGGUGGGAGGCGCUCUGGACGGAGUGCGUGGAGGCCAUGCGCACGCCCGACGGCGCGGUGGUGAACACGUUCGCGGACCUCGAGGGCCAGUUCGUGUCGUGCUACGAGGCGGCGCUCGGCAAACCCGUGUGGACGCUUGGCCCUCUCUGCCUCUCCAACCGGGACGUCGAGGCCAUGGCGUCGCGCGGGGACACGUCGUUGGACGGCGUCCGGCUGCAAAGCGCGGUGGCCGCCUGGCUCGACACGAAGGACACGGACUCCGUCGUGUUCGUCAGCUUCGGCAGCCUGGCGCGGAAGCUCCCGAAGCAGCUAUUCGAGGUCGGCCACGGCCUCGAGGACUCCGGCAGGCCGUUCCUCUGGGUGGUGAAGGAGGCCGAGGUGUCCGCUGCGGUGCCGGAGGUGCAGGAGUGGCUUGGGGCGCUAGAGGCGCGCACGGCGGGGCGCGGCCUCGUGGUGCGCGGCUGGGCGCCGCAGCUGGCCAUCCUGUCCCACCGCGCCGUGGGCGGGUUCGUCACCCACUGCGGCUGGAACUCGCUGCUGGAGUCCGUGGCGCACGGCGUGCCCGUGGUGACGUGGCCGCACUUCGCCGACCAGUUCUUGAACGAGCGGCUGGUGGUGGACGUGCUCGGCGUCGGCGUGCCCGUCGGCGUCACGGCGCCCGUGAUGAUGUUCGACGACGAGAACGUGGCGGUGGCGCGUGGGGACAUCGUGCGAGCGGUGUCGGCGCUGAUGGGCGAAGGGGAGGAGGCGGACGAGAGGAGGAGGAAGGCCAAGGAGUACGGGGAGAAAGCUCAUGUGGCCAUGGCGAAAGGAGGGUCGUCGUAUGAGAACCUGACGCAACUGAUUGAGAGCUUCAGGCAAUGUGGAGGCAGAAAAGGGUAG